GGUGCGCGUGCGUGCGCGUCAUUCUCCUCCUUUCUUUCCGACAGUGAGCGCGCAUCACUCGUGAACAAACGGAGCUCGUGAGCGGCUGAAGUUUCUGUGUCUGGCGGUUCGAUUCCCCUCUCAACGCCUCCGCUCGUUCUUCGUCUUCCGUCCCUUCUCCCGGCUCCAUCCUCAUCCCCACUUCUCUUCUUCUUCCUCACCCGGACUCGCGGACUCAGUCGGGCUGAGCCGGCCGACACUGGGCGUAGCUGACGGGGAGGAUUCCUCUGCUCCGCCGCUGCACUGACUGACCCGACCGCUGCCUACUGAGUGUCGAAGACUGUCCUGCUAAAGUGAGCGCUAGCAAAUCAAGGGGAGAUGAAACCGGACGGGGUUGUCGUGGCAGGAGAGCCAAUGGAAACAUUGGACUCCAUUCCCGUGAACGAGGCUGCCCCAGGUCAGGGAGAGGAGCCUCACCAGGCAGCCAAUGAGGAUGCGGCUCAGCAGCCUGAAGGUGAGACAGGAAAAGUGGAUCAGCCAGAACACCCCAAGGAAACGCCACCCGCCAAGACUGCUGUCGACCCAAAAGCCAAAACCACGAACAAGGGUACGGCGAAGGCGAAACCAAGUGCUACGACCAAGACGACCACCAACUCUCGGCCUAACACAGCCCAGAGCCGCCUCUCGAAUGGCGUCUCCAAACCUCAGACCAAUGGAGUGGCCAAGAAGCCCACGGCAGCUUUGGACAAAAAGAACACCACCACAUCUGCACCUUCCAAAAAGCCCCUCGGUACCACAGCAACUACAAAGAGCAUCACUAAAGUAGGAGAGAAGAAGCCCACGGCAGCAUCUCCUGCCACCACUGCCACAAAGUCAACUACUGCGACCAAGAAGACGCCGACUGCAACAGCUAACGGUGUCAAGACCAGCACGCCAGCCUCCGCAAAGAAGCCCGCAGCGCCCAAAUCUGCCUCUUCUACCCCAGCAAAACCCAGCCCUGCUUCCACACCCAGGGCAGACAAGACACCCGUUUCUAAGACAACAAGGCCCACAACUGGAACACCCUCAGCAUCUCGGCCGACAACAGGCUCCACCCGGCCUCUGACCUCCAGCACCACCAAGACCACGGCGUCACCCAAACCUGCCACCCCUAAAACACCGUCCACCGCUGCCAAGUCAGCCGCCUCCAAACCAGCUUCUACAACUCCCUCUGCUGGCAAACCGCUGUCAUCGACACCCAAAACCACAACUCCCGCGAAAAAAGAUGCAGCCAAACCAGCCACACCUGCAACCAGAAAAGCUGCACCUGCGUCGUCCGCCGUGAAGUCAACAACAACAAAAUCAGCUACUAAACCAGCUGCAAAAACAGAUGUUGCUGCCAAAAAGCCCACAGCAACUAAAGCAGCUGAGUCAAAAACACCAACUCGUCCCAAAACACAAGAGACCAAGACCCCGUCCAAGGACGCCUCCAAGACCACAGCUGCAAAAAAGACUCCCACCGCCAAGAAGAUGGUGGGCAGUAGCACCCCCACUCCAGUCAAACGCACCCCUAAACCUGCAGCAGCUGCUGAAGCCGAUAAGACCAAUAAAUCAGAAGCUGCUGCUUCUGCUGCUGCCGUGGCAACAGCUGCGGCUAUUGCCACUGCCGCUGCUACUGUUGUUGUGAGUGACGAGUUACAUGAGGCGGCAGAGGCUCCCAGAGCACCCCAGGAAGUAACGUUAGAGCCGACUGCAGAACCCCUUUCUGUAGCAGAAGAGCCAGUGCCAGAAAGUAUACGAGAACCAACACCAGAGAUCUUGAGAGAGCAAACUCCAGAACCCCCACGAGAACCCACACCAGAACCCCCACGAGAACCAACUCCAGAGCCUGUACGAGAACCAACUCCAGAACCCCCACGAGAACCAACUCCAGAGCCUGUACGAGAACCAACUCCAGAACCCCCACGUGAACCAACACCACAACCCCCACGAGAACCAACUCCAGAACCCCCACGUGAACCAACACCACAACCCCCACGUGAACCAACACCACAACCCCCACGAGAACCAACUCCAGAACCCCCACGAGAACCAACUCCAGAACCCCCACGUGAACCAACUCCAGAGCCCGUACGUGAACCAACUCCAGAGCCCGUAUGUGAACCAACUCCAGAGCCCGUACGAGAGCCAACUCCAGAACCCCCACGAGAACUAACUCCAGAGCCUUUGAGAAAACUGACACCCGAGCUAAGAGAACCCACACCAGAACCAACACAAGAACUAACACCGGAACCAAUGAGACAACCCACACCAGAGCCCCAAAGAGAAUUCACGCCUGAACCCGUAAGGGAACCUACUCCAGAACCGAUGAGGGAAGCAACACCAGAGCCUCAACGAGAACCAUCCCCUGAGCCCCUUAGAGAACUAGCCCCUGAGUUCUUGAGAGAGCCUUCACCGCAGCACACGAGAGAGCUGACCCCAGAGCCUGUCAGAGAAGCAACACCAGAACCUCUCCAGAUGCCAGCACAGCCAGAACCAUUCCACUUCCACGAUCCUGUCAGCAGUGCGGUUCCUUCCCUCGGUACAACGGUCAUGUCUCCUCCAUGUUCCCCACCAAGGUCCUUUUCUCCAGCCCAGCAGGAGCAACACCCCUCUGCUCUGCUGGACCUGCACAGCCAGCCUGACCAGUGGGACAGGGACCAGUCUCCUGAACCUGAGAGGCCCCCUGUGAACGUGAUGGACUUUGUGGCGCAAGAUGAUUAUGGCAAAAAUGAAGAACAUGAGGGACAUGAUACAAGUGAGGAAGAAGAGGAAGAUGAAGAGGACAGGGGGAUGAUGUCCCACUCCACAGCUCCUUCCAUGGAACAUCCGCCCUCCUUCGUAGGUGACUUCAACUCUGAGGAUCUCUCUCCACGUGAAAAGGAGGUUGCCGUGGAAAAGGCUGAUGAGGAGAUAAACGAGGACGAUGAAGAGGAAGAUGAUGACGAGGAAGAUGAGGAGCAAAGAAGGCUUGGCCAUCAGCUGUCGUCCAUGGUCACUGACAUGAGCUCAUCUCAGCCCUCAGAGGAGUUCCAAAUCAGAUCCUCAGCCUUUGGCGGCUCUGCUGGUUGGCAUGCCGAUGACCUUAUGUCUGGAAUGGACUCGGAGGACGUGAGCAGCUGCACCAGCAGUCGGCAGCAGGGGGUGUCAGACCUAAGCAGCACCCAGCACACGGCAAUUCUCGAAGGCACGCAAAGCUCCGAUGCCCUGAUCGACUCCAGUCUGAGAGGGUCUGAAUGUGACGGCAAUCUCAUGGGUUCCCCAAAUGUCGAGACGCUGGCAAACGAGGAGGAGGAUGAUGAAGAUGAGCAGGUGGAUCACAUGGAUUUGAGUUCAGAAAGAGUGGAAGAGCACCAUAAAGCCUUUCAGCAGCACGAUGAGGAGGAGGAUGAAGAUGUAGAGAUGCACAGUGAGGGAGUGACCGAGAGCUGUGAGCAGGCAGAAGAUGAAGAUGAUUUCAAUGAGGAGGAUAACCGUUUGGACAACCUGAAUCACUCCCUUCCCCCGGCCGCCGUCCCGCCAGCCGCCUCCUGGGGCCAGAGCAGCCCUUUCUCUGAUGCUUGGGCUCAGCCAGCCUCUCUUCUCGCGGUCUCUUCUCCAAGCCCCAUCUCCGACCACGGCGAGUCCGAAACGCCCACUCAGUCUCCGGCCCAGGCGUGUUUGGACCUCAGCGCCCCCUCCUUAGCUCCUGAGUCCGAACAGGAGCAUCAGUCCUUCUUCCAGCCCAAAGAUGUCCAGCUGGAUGCUCCCGCUCUGGAGGUGACCCAGGGUGGCACAGCUCUGGCUGCCCACAGCGGCAGUGAAACUAGCACUCCAGAGGACCUCCGUGACUACGACAGCAGUUCUGGGGUCGAAUCCCGCUCUGACAAACAGCAGACCCCCGUCCCCUCAUCGGUCCACCCUGACCUGGACCAGGAUCUGGGUAUUCACUUAGAGAAGGGUGAUGGAGAAGAAGAGGAGGCGGAGACGCUCCCUGCUGACGAAGUCCUGGGGACCGGACCUUCAACGGCCCCGGCGUCUGCACCAUCGUCUCCUUCCACGUCAGGAGACGAGGCCAGUGACACAGAGGGUGAGAUGCAGAUCAACGAUCCGGACGCUCCACUGGUGAUGGAGGGCACCGCUGGCUUCGAGAGCCCCACCGCUGCACACAGCCUGUCGGCCCUGGAGGAGGAUGAGGAGGCGCCAGCAGGUGAGGGGGAGGAGGACGGAGGCGGGGCCACGCCACAGUCGGCCAACUCCGUCGCAUCUUACGGCUUCGACUGCACCACGUCCAACUCCAACGCGCACUCCAUGGCGGAGAGCUGUGGGAAGAGUCCUGGAAUCUUCUCACUGGAGAACGAAGAACAGUUGCCGGAGGAGGCCAAAGAUCCCUCCCUGAUCAAGGAGCUGACCUUCCCAUCGGCCGCCGCUGCUGCUCAGGCCGAGGACUUCCUGGGUCGACCAGUUGACCUCCUGCCUCUGGGCUUCCCUGAAGACAAGCAGCCCAGUCUGGAUAGCCAACACUUCAUGCUGGAGGGGAAGAUGGCGGCGGAACACCUGGAGGGUCUGGAUCCUUUGGAACCCCAUCACUUGGUGGCGGGACCCGUAGAUGCGGGCGACAGCCAGCAGCCCUACUACUCUACCAUAUGUGAUAAGACUGAUAGUUUUCUGGCAGGAGACGAGAAGAGUGAGGGCCUGGACGAAGAUCACAUGCGGGAGACAGACUCUGAGGAGGACAGCCAGGCCUCCACAGCAGCCGCUCAGAUAGCUAACGGCCAUUACUUAGCCUUGGUCCCCGGCAACAGGAGGCCCAUAGACCCGGCUGUCGCCGAGCAUUUCACCAAGAUGACGGCCCCGUACUUAGAUGUGGAGUUUGAGGGAGGGAUUGCCGGGGAGCAGCUGAGGCGGCUGGAGCAACACCAGGAGAAGCUGAGGGAGAUGCAGCAGCGGCAGGAGCAGGAGAAGCAGAAGAGGCAGUGGCUGGAGGAGGAGCGUCUGCGGCUGGAGCAGCAGAAGCAGCUGGAGAAGCAGCGCAGGGAGCUCCUGCAGCUGCAGCUCCAGCAGCAGCAGCAGGAGCACCGGCAUCGCAGGCAGGUGCUGCAGUGGCAGCUGGAGCUGGAGCACCAGUAUCGCAUGCAGCAGAAGCAAAUCCAGCAGCAGCAGCAGCAGAUGAGGCGCGGCCAGACGGGCGUGAUGCUCUCGCCCUCCUCGGGACUCUGCACCAUCUACGAGGCCAUGGAGACCAGCGACGAAGAGGAGGAGGCCGGCGCCCAGCACAACAGGAACAGCCACGGGCGGAGGAGACGGCCGCCGUCCUACCAGAGCGCCACGCAGGACUUCCAGCGGCAGCUGCGGCCGCAGGAGCUGGAGUGGAACAAGAAGGUGGACAUGGUGCAGCAGCUCAUCAACCAGACCCUGAUGCUGUCUGGGGAGAGGGGCUGCCCCCCUCUGCUGCUGCUGCCGGUGGGGCCGGGCGGCACCUUGAGCCGGCUGGAGAGCAGCGUGUGGCCGCACAUGCUGCCUCAGUUCCGGCCCCCGGCUGCAACGGUCACCGCCGUCAGCAGCUACUCGCCCGACAGCCAGAGCAGCUCUCCACCAGGCGACUGGACCGUGGUGGAGGUGGAGACCCAGCACUGAAGCAAGCUGACCUCCGCUCCCUCGGCACGCCAGCUCAUCCAUGAGUAGAGGAGCGCGAGUCUGGCAAGGCUAAGCUACAAGCUAGCUGCCACCCCAAGAGAAAAGCACAUCUACAGUGACAGAAAGCUUUCACUUCCUCACGUAGCAAUACCUAGAAACACGCUAGUAUUUAUUAGCUUCAUUUAGUUCCACGCCAAUGUAGAUAGCACUGGGCUUCCUCCACCAGAGUGUGUCAUUCUCAAGUCUAUUGUUGAAGAUCAGCAACUCUGAAGCCCUUUAUUCUCCAGUCGCAUCAGCUGAUGCAGUCAGUCCGUUGAAUAUCUGCGUCUGUAAUGUCACGAGGUCGGUCGAGGUUGAGGAGCCAGGAGCAGCAGCUGGACCAAACACUUAACAACACCAGAGGAGGACGAGGACAGAACUAGACGCAGAAAAGACUCGACCGUGACGAGACAAGACUUGGCUUAAAUUGGUGAGACGAUGACUUGAGGUGGAGACUUGACUGGGCAAGACGUGACAAUGGCUUGACUAGGCGAGAUGGGACUCCACCAGACUGUCACUUGACUUAACGCAGAGACUUGUCCUUCCUUGACGGGACACAGCAAGAUGAUGACAGGAGGAUGACUAGACAAGAUGUGAUGAGACAAAACUUGGCUUAACUUGGUGAGACAAUGACUUAACUGGGCAAGAGGAGACAAGGUCUAGACAAGACCAGACUGUUUUUUUGACUUGACUUGGAGACUUAUACUAUACUUCACUUCACUUCAAGAAGACGUGACUUGUCGAGGACUUGACAAAAACGUGUGCACCAACACUGGAAGACAGGACCAGAGGGGCAGAUCAAGAGGCAUGGAAGCAAAACACCAGGUGGCAUCAAGGAAACAAACAACUGGACGUGCAAAUUAACAGAGGAACAAAACACAUCUGUUUUUACUUUAUUGACUUUAUUUAAACGCUGGCCACUCCUCUUGCUUCCGAUACAAAGGCGCCACACCUCACCCUAACACUCCAUGGUCACAUGACGUUGGAGUGCGAAGGCUCACGUGUACUGCUGAGACAUACCAUGGACACAUUCAGUGGGCUGCUAACAUCCAUGUCAGCUGGUCUGACAGACCAAGAAGAGGCGGUUUCAUGGCCUCCUGAUGUCACAUGUCUCACUAUCUUUCAUCCAGUUCUUCUGUAAAGCCUGUGACGAGGCCUGUGUCAUGGAUCAUGACGCUCUACUGUGGGAACCUCUCGUCAUGUGGUGUCAGUGUGUGGUUGUUUAUCGUCAGAGACCGAACGCUGUCGAGCUACGGCACAGGUAAGUAUCAGAGUGGGACCCCUGUGUCCGACUCUGGUCUCGUCCAGACUCUCUGUGGACUACCCAGCUGGGUUGCCAGGUUCCUUGGGCGCCAGGUCCCUGUAGCACCAGGUUCCUCUGGCACCAGGUUCCUGUGGCACCAGGUUCCUCUGGCACCAGGUUCCUGCGGCGCCAGGUUCCUGCUGCACCAGGUUUGUGGGGCCCCAGAUUCUGUUCUAAUAAUGAAGACGUUUUGUUUGCAUGUCGUGGUGUGUGCUGUUAUACAGAGUGAAUAUCAGUCUCCGACAAAUAACCUUUAAUUAACCUUUAAAUGUGGAUUGUCGCCGGGUACAUUGACAUCAUUAGGUUUUUGCUGCAAUUAUUUUGACCUUUAAAAGCCAAGAGGCUCUUCACAACGGGUGGCAUCACAAAAUGAGGGGAUCUGGGGAUCACCUGAGGAAGGGAAUGAAAUGGCCAGUCUCUUUACUGGAGGUUUAUUUUUGUUGUAGUUAGUUUUGACCCUCAGACUGGUGGAGGUUUGCUGACUUCAGCAUUUCUCCCAUGGGGCUCGGCUUGGCAGGGAUGGGUUCUGAUCUCUUUCUCACCCGAACACUAUACAGGGUGGACGCAAACAAACAUGGCCGACCUCCAGCUCUAUCUCUCUCCAGACUGAUUCGAGCUGCUCCCACACACCUUUACCUCUCAGACUCCGCCCCCAUCCAAACCUCCGUCAGGCUCCGCCCUUGUGAGGAGCUCCGGAACAAAACAACGAGCAUGUACAUCUGUAUAUUAUGUGUGUGUGUACUUUGUCCUUGAAAAUACUCAUACUUUCCCUGCAGUUUUUCAAACAUCUGCCUCAAAACAGGCAUUUUUUGGCCUCAACAAUCCAUUAAAAAGUCAGACAUCCUGGAGGGACUAGGUUAUUGUUUUCCAACAUUAUUCAGGCCAGUCAUAAGUCAAGUCGAAGACCAUGGUGGUCAUGAAAUGCUGGCAUCAUAUGCGUUUCUAUUGGAUUCAAAGGGCAGAAGGGAACAGAAGGCCACCUCUUCCCAGUACAAGUCAAACUCUCCUGUUAAAUGUGAAUGUUGCCACUCGUGUCAACCUCUUCCUGCAGCGAUAGAGAAAAUAAAAGCCAGUCACCCGAUGUUGUGCCACGAGAUUGAUCCGCUCAUUACUGUGUUUUGUAUCUCCACCUUUGCUGUUCUGCUCUUUGUACGCUGCUUUAUAUCCAAAUCACUUUCGCACAAAUAUAUUUUCUAUAUGGAUUUAUACUAUAUGCAUGCAAUAUCGGAGUAUAUUUGUGUACCAAGUUGUGAUAAAUCAUCUAUAUAUUCUUGUAUUACGAAACAAAAGAGAUUUUGAAAGCACAAGAGCAAUAACAGUAUUAUUAUAAAUCCAUGCAUGUACGACCUACAUGUGCACCUUUUCUAGUCUGCAGUGCCUCGAGUUCCCUUCAUAUGUGCAACUUUUAUACUCUAUUUGUACGUGCUCAGUGUUUAUAUCGUGUUUGUUUGAGAUAGUUUAUUGCAGAAAUAUUUUCUUUUUGACAUAUUAAUGUUGCAGUCAGUGUCAAGAUGAAACGAGAGGGACUUUUUUAUCCCGACACCUAGAACAGCCAGAAAAUUACAAUGUAAACAGAGCAGAUAACAGUAUUUUCAGCACUUUUAUCUAAACAUGUAACGUUUGUUAAUGUGUUUGUGUUCUUUUAUUGCUAACUGUUGUCAUACAUUGUUCAGUUUUAAUGUUGUUUUGUACUUAAAUACGUUACGUUUAGCAUUUGUUUG